AUGAUGGCGGACGCUUGGGAGGAUGCACGAGCUCUCUUCGGGGCCAGCGUCCGCGCUGUACUGGAGGCCUGGCCGGCCUUGCAGAUCGCUGUGGAGAAUGGCUUCGGUGGCGUGCACAGCCAGGAGAAGGCCGAGUGGCUGGGGCGUGCGGUGGUGGAGUACUUUAUUCGCAAUGCCAACUUGGAGCUAGAUGAGGUGGAGGACUUCCUGGGAGAGCUGAUGACCAAUGAGUUUGAUACGGUUGUGGAGGAUGGGAGUCUGCCCCAGGUGAGCCAGCAGCUGCAGACCAUGUUCCACCACUUCCAGAAGGGUGACGGGGCUGCUUUGAGAGAGAUGGCCUUCUACAUCACCCAAAGAAAGUGCAGGGUCACAGCAACUGCACUUAGGACAGCCAGAGAGACUGAUGAGGAUGAAGAUGGUGCAGACAGUGUGGAAGAGAUGGAGGUCACAGCUAUGAAUGAUGGGGCUGCUACAGAUGGGGUCUGCCCCCAGCUUGAACCCUCUGAUCCAGAUUCCCAGACUAUUAAGGAAGAAGAUAUAGUGGAAGAUGGCUGGACCAUUGUCCGGAGAAAAAAAUGAAUGGGGAUGGAAAUGGUUUGGGCCCUCAUUGGCUGGAUGUUUUGAGACUUGUUUAUUAUAAGGACUUUUUUGGAGGGCUGUAGACCUCUGGACUGGUUACCUAUCCCCCAUCCUCUCCCUUGUUCCCCUGUCCAGCUCCCUCCAGGGGAAGAAAAGCCCUAGGGAUCUUUGGUCUUGGGGGUGGUGGGGCCUGAUCUACCAUACCCUCUCAGGCCUCAAGUCACUAUCUGAGUAAUGAGGCCAGGUUUCCCAGCACAGUGCCCCUUGGGUGCAGUCAUUGUGAAGAAGGGGGACUAGUGAGUUUGGAUGUGGCUGGAGAAGGAGCUAAGACACGGACAAUGGGCAGGUGGAUUUGUGAAGAAAGAGGACCAGUGGGAGAACUAGUACUCAGCACCAGGGGGCUGGCUGGGUCAGUGAGAUGAACAUGCACAUGGAAGAGAGAAUAGUUGAAGAUUUGAAUGAAAGUAGCUGUGGUGCCUCUUUACCCCACCAUGCCCACACAGAGUAGCUCUGUACCCCUGCCCAGAACUUGGAAUUUCCCAGGAAUGUUCCCUUCUUUCAGCCCAGCCUCCAGCCUUGGGUUUCCUUGGGAAUUCUGAGACCUGGGCUAGGUGGUGAGCUUGGGAGAGCUGGGCUUUCUUUUCUGUCUCCUCCAUCUUCUUUCCUGUCUAUCCCAUCUGAUUUAAGUCCAGGGAUGAGGCUCAAGACCUUAAUAAGUAAUACCUUAUUGUUUAAUCUGUGGCUUGAGUAGCCUUGGAAUCAGCCUUCUGGGAGCUGAGCUUCAGAGUUUGGCAAGGGAGCGGUUACUGGGCCCACCCUAGCAACUUGGUACUUUGGACAAACAAACAGAUGGACGGAUGGAGCACAGUAGUGCUCAGAAAGCUACUGUAAGCCUGAAAUAACUGUAUUUUUCUUUAAAAAAAAAAACAACAAGAGUGUCCACAUUGUCUUUCCCCCCAUCCCCCUGUCCUGCCCAGUGGCCCUGCCAUGGGUCUGGACGAUAAAAUACUGGGUAGCCUUGGGGCUGGGAAGAAGCUGUAAGCUGUGGGAAACGCAGGAGGGGUCUAGUCACCACCCCACGUGGAGUCAUACUUGUGAAGACACGGGCUGAGGAGGCAGGGGUGGGUUGGGGUCCCAGGGUUAGUUGCAGAGCUGGCAGUUGAAUCCAGUUCUCCUGCCCCCAGUGUUUUGGGGGGAAUCAGGUGGAGGCAGGAUCUGUACGGUGUUGUUGGAAGGGAGGGAAAAUGGCCUAAUUCAGAUGGGUCUAGCAACAGCUCCCACCUUCCCUGGGGACAGGGAUUAAAAAAAAAUUAACAUCACUGUGGGAAUUGCACUGUGGGAAUUUUUUUUUUAAAAGCCCACAUUUUGUGAAAAGAUGAAUAAAAAACCCAAGACCCAGCA